AUGAUGCUAACAGUUGUAAAAGGACCAACGACUUACGAUAACAUUCAUAAAGUAGGUGGUACACAAUACUUUAGCUUCAGAGAUGCAUGCUUUGCAAUGGGGUUCCUUGAAGAUGACAAUGAAUUUAUUUUGGCUAUAAAGGAAGAAAGUGAAUGGGGUUCGAGUGAGAUCUUGAGAAAACUAUUUUUCAUUAUGUUGUUGUCGGGUGUCGUCAAUAGACUAUGUCAUGUAUUGAAUAAUACUUGGACCUGGAUAUCGAAUGAGAUUUUGCAUGAACAUCGGAUUUUAUCUUGCAAUUCGGGUCUGAUAUUAAAUGAUGAAGAAAUUCAGAAUUUGGCAUUACUUAAAAUUGGAAAGAUUUUGCAAGGAAAUCGACGUACUUUGAAGGAUUUCAAACCGAUUCCAUAUCCAAAUGGGUAUGUUUUGGAACAACUUGGUAAUCGAUUGAUUUACAAUGAACAAAAUUAUGAUAUUGUUGCACUUAAAACCAAAUUUGCAACUUUGCAUGCAUCACUGACAGAUGAUCAAAACUUGAUUUUUUCCAAAAUCAUCAAAGUUGUAACCGAACAAAAGGGUGGAGUCUUCUUCUUGCAUGGACAUGGUGGAACCGGGAAAACGUUUAUGAGGAGAACUCUUGCAAGUUAUUUGAGAUCAAGGAAUCAAAUAGUUAUAACAGUUCCAUCGAGUGGUAUUGCAACAUUAUUGCUCCCUGGCGGGAGAACGGCUCAUUCAAAGUUCAAGAUUCCUAUACCUACUUUAGAAAAUUCUCUUUGCAAUGUUAAACCGAAAGAUGAUCUUCACUAUGCCAUAUAA